CUAUCACAGAUAGUUAGAGUGAGAAAAGAAUAACCAAGUAGUUAUUUGCUAGUUCUAUGUUUCCUUGAACUUGAAAUAAUUUCGAUGGCGUCUGUGAAAUUAAACUAGUUUUGUCCGCCAUUGUUGUGUGUUAGUGGCCAUAUUGUGCGUCCAUCUUUUAUAAACAAAAUAGGGAGCCAUAUAAUCAUGGCGGAUCACCAAAAUUUAAUGUGCGAAGUGGAAAUACAGCCGGACAUACAGGAAUGUGUGGAAAUCGAGUCUAUUCCAGUAGAUAUGAGCGAUGCAGUCGAGACUAUAGUCGAAUGCGGUGAUACGAUAAUGGGAAUGCAAUCUCUGGAAGACAGGGACAUAAUUUUAGAAACACAAGAAGAAAUUAUAGACGAUUCCGGUGAUCCUUUAAAUUUGUACGACGUCCCGGUACCGGACUCGUCUGAUUUAUACGUGGAAUCGUCCCCUGGUCCUUCUAAAAAGAAAAGAACGUUGAAUAAAAAUCGCGGAAUAAUGGGAAGAAGGGAAAACGAAAUGUUGUUGAGUGAUAUGCAUGUAGAAACAAAACCCAGAAAAUGGGAACAAAAACAGGUUCAGAUCAAAACCAUGGAAGGUGAAUUUUCGGUAACAAUGUGGGCUUCAGGCACCAGCGACGAUGAAGGGUCAAAUCCUGAGGCAGAUCUAGAAUUAAAAGAAUAUAUGACGGGGAAGAAAAUUCCUACAGAUGGAAUGCCUGGUCUAGAUUUAUCGGAUCCAAAGCAACUGGCCGAAUUCGCCAGACCAGGUUUGAAAAGUCCAAGAGUCCGAAGGCCUAACCAGGAUUGCUCCGAUAGGACAAUUGCCUGCCCUCACAAAGGUUGUAAUAAAAUGUUCAGAGAUAAUUCAGCUAUGCGCAAACAUCUUCACACGCAUGGCCCCAGGGUCCAUGUGUGUGCUGAAUGCGGCAAGGCCUUCGUGGAAUCGUCCAAGUUGAAAAGGCAUCAGUUAGUACACACGGGGGAAAAACCUUUUCAGUGUACUUUCGAGGGCUGUGGAAAGAGGUUCAGUUUGGACUUCAACUUGAGAACACAUGUUAGGAUACAUACAGGUGAUAGACCUUAUGUAUGUCCAUUUGAUGGGUGCAAUAAAAAGUUUGCUCAGUCUACUAAUCUAAAAAGUCAUAUUUUAACACAUGCCAAAGCUAAGUCAAGAAACAAUAUAUCCCGGGCACCAAAUAAUUUACAGAUGCUGCAGCCUCAAUUUGUACAGGUAGAGGUUGCAGAACCUGAAUAUAUUGUUUAUACAGACUAAGUUAGAGGUGUAACCAACUAUGCAUUGUAAAUAUAGAGAAAUAAAACAGAUUAGACAUAAACACAGACGAUUAAGAAUGCCCCUACUUUGAGAGCAGCUCAUGGAUGUUUCUGUUAGCUUUGGGAAACCGAAGACCGCAAGCUUUUUAUUCCAUGUUUUUUUACAUGUGAUCUUUUUGAUUUAGAAGGUCCAUCAAAUUUCAGUAGCAAAAAUGAUGAAGAGAAACACCCAAACACAUGAAAAAGUUGACGCAAUUUCAUAUUCUAUGGGCAGAUUAAGUUGAACGUAAUCCUUGUCAUAUUUGCGUUUUUCCCCCCAUAAACGAAUAUUUUAUUUAAUCUGAACUUGGGAGAAACGCAGAUGUAACAAUUUUUUGGUGGCAUUUGCUUCGAAAAUCGAUUUAUCAGAAGGUUUUCGAAGCUGAUGCAAUUUUCACGAUCCUCAGUUGUGUAUCAAAGAAAACAACGAUUUUAAUGUAGAAUUUGUUGACUGAUGAGAGUCAAAUUGAAUUUUCAUAUAUAUCCACCAGUAAGGACAAAAAAAAACCGUCAAAGUAGAGAGGUAUUUCUUUUUCACUCCCAAAACCAAAAAUCUUCACAGAGUCUUAAUAUUGUUUGUAUUUUGAUGUUUAACGGUUGCUUAUUUAAGUCCACAAGUACAAAUUUAUCUUUGAGGAACUGAUGAAGGAUAUUCUUUUAAAUUUUUACCGAUGAACUGUUUUUAUUUUGUUCAUGUAACUUGGUUCUCUCCCCUAACUUUAAUAUUUAAAGUUUAAUCUUUUAAAUUUCAUUUAAGUUAUUGUAUAUGUUAAAUAGGUUAAGUGUCUUGUAAAUAAUAAAUAGGGUAAUUUUUU